AAAUCCUUUACAUUCGAUCAUGUAUUCCCAUCGGAUACUGAACAAGAAGAAGUAUUUCAAGAAUGCGCAAGUCCGCUAGUAGAAAAAUUGGUGAAAGGUUAUAAUGUCACAAUGUUAGCUUAUGGUCAAACUGGCAGUGGUAAAACAUAUAGUAUGGGUACAGCUUUAGACGAUUAUGACGCGACGUCAUUUUUUUUAGGAAUAAUUCAACGUGCCAUAAGAAAAUUAUUUGCUGACCUUCACGAACGAAAAGAAAAAAAUCCUUCUUAUCAAUUUGAAGUUUAUGUAUCAUUCUUAGAAUUAUAUAAUGAAGUUCUUAUAGACUUAUUAAACCCACAAAGUAGAGAAAAUAAUAAAAAAGGAAGGAGUGAUUUAAUGAUAAGAGAAGAUACUAACGGUCAAAUACAUUGGGCUGGUGUAAGAGAAGUUCAAGUUUCAGGCCCAGAUGAACUUUUAGGACAAUUACAAAAGGGUUCAUUGUGUCGAACUGUCGCUUCAACAGAUAUGAAUAUAGUAUCUUCAAGAUCACACGCUAUAUUUUCCGUAAUACUUAAACAAACAGGAAUAGAAAAUUUAGAAGAAAAUAAAGAAAAUGAUGAUCCACCAGCACAAAAAUCAUUGACAUCAAAAGUAACUUCAAAAUUUCAUUUUGUAGAUUUAGCUGGUUCAGAAAGGUUAAAGAGAACUAACUCCAUAGGUGAUAGAGAAAAAGAAGGAAUUGCAAUUAAUGGGAGUUUACUGGCUCUUGGUAAUGUAAUUAGCGCGCUUGGUGAUGAAUCAAGAAAUGUUACACAUAUCCCUUACAGAGAUUCAAAAUUAACACGUUUAUUGCAAGAUUCACUUGGUGGUAAUAGUCAAACUCUCAUGUUAGCUUGCGUUUCACCAGCUGAUUCUAAUUUUAUGGAAACCUUAAAUACACUAAAAUACGCUAAUCGUGCUCGAAAUAUUAAGAAUAAAGUUAGUGUUAAUGAA